CUCGGGGUCCCUCACCGCACCCCAGCGCCCGUCCCGCCUGCCCGGCCACCCUGCAGAAGCAUGGCUCUCGCCGGCGCCCUUUGCCUGUUGCUCACCUGCCUCCUGCUCUGCAGUGCUGCCCCGAAACCCACGUGCGACCCCAGCGCCUGCUCCCCGUGCUCCGAGAGGGACGUGGAGGGGCCAGCCGCUGAUACCACUGGGGGCUGCUGCCCCCCCUGCCCCCCACCCUGCCCCUGCCCCCCCUACCUGGAGACCGACUGCGAAAUGCAAGGCUUCGCCAGCGGCCACGUCCCCGCCGGCCGCUCCUUCUACAUCGACUUUGCCCGCAAGCUGUGCACUUGCCACCCUGGGGGGGACAUCACCUGCACUCCGCUGUGCCCCCGCCUGCCCCCCACCUGCCAGGCUGUGGGCAGCCCCGUGGCCGACGGCUGCCCCCGCUGCGUCUGCUACGACGAGGAGGAGAUGGCGGUGCCCGCUGGCACCAUCAUCACCACCCGGGAUGCCCGGAUUUGCACCUGCCCCCCCCAGGGGGGCCAGCUGCAGUGCAGCAGCGGUGAGAGCAAGGAGUGAACCCCUCCCCUCUGCCGGCUUGAGGGCAGGGGGACAGGGGAGCCCUUCUGGCAGCAGAAGGCUUUCUGCACCGUGGGGCAUCCUCUCUGAAGAGCGUGAAGUGUUUCCAACUGUCCUAGAGGACUCUGGCCAUUCCACAGAGCGCUGGAGAGAUGCCACGCUGUAUGUCAUUUAUAUGCCAGGGCAAAGCGUCUGUAGCGGGUGAGCUUUCUUUGUUGUAAGGUUUGUUCCAUGGCGGUGGGCUGUGAGAGAUUAGAUCGCUGCUAGCAUGUAACUGAAACAAUGCAGUUAUUUAUUUAUUUCUAAGAUGAUUUGGCUUUUGUAUGUGUUUACAUUUAUAUAGUCUGUUUAUAUAACUUGCUGGAUAAACUGCCUCCCAGGAGCCAGGUUUUCCCUUCCUGUAAUUCCAACAAGUUCAAAGUGGUAGGACCAAAAUCAGAAGAUUGGCUGACAUCCCCCUCUCCAGGCUUCUUUUGUGGUAGGAGGAGGUAGGAGGGUUAGCCCAUGGCUGUGUUCUUAGGAGGAGGCAAAUCCUCAUGCCUCCAUCCUCUGGAGCAAAGCCUUGGAGACUCACGUAAGGAUGUUGGCAGUCAAGGGUCGAUCCUUCACAGCCACCUCGAUGAAUCAUUUACCCAGGGCUGACCCUGUUGUUAGUGUCUGCUCUGUCCCAGUUUGGCAGGAAUACCCCAAAUUGUGUGUCAGUGACUGUUCUCCUCACUCUUGCUCUCCCCUUACCACUGCUGGAGACACAGGAUAUGGCAGAACUGCAUCUUCUGAAUGCUUUGACAUAUAUAGAUAUAUACACACAUGUAUAUGUACAGGGAGAUUGCAAUAAACAACACAGGUUCAUCAGACUGAGACAUUAAUAAGUGUUAUUUGUGUUCCUUCA